GUUUGCUAUGUGCAGGGUGAUGACCUUAUUUAUAGUAUAUGUGAAGCAAUUGAUGGAGAGAAGGAUCCUAGAUGUUUAAUGCUCACUUUUCAUCUUGUGGAAAUUCUUGCACAAGUAUUUCCAGAUCCCUCUGGUCCGCUAGCAACUUAUGCUGAAGAAAUUUUUGAGAUUUUGAGUUCUUACUUUCCCAUCCAUUUCACACAUCCGAAAAGUGAUGAUCUCUAUGUUAAAAGGGAUGAUCUUUCAAGGGCGCUAAUGCUUGCAUUCUCUUCAACUCCGUUUUAUGAGCCUUUUGCUAUCCCAUUGCUUCUUGAAAAGCUAUCUUCAUCUCUGCCAUCAGCAAAAGUUGAUUCUUUGAAGUAUCUCAGCUAUUCUGCAACAAAGUAUGGUGUGGAUAGAAUGGAAAAACAUAGUGGAGCUAUUUGGUUGUCUUUAAAGGAUACAAUUUUUUUGUCGUCAACAGAAAAUGUUUUAUCGUUGGCAUCAGACUCUUCCAAUGCUAUGGGGCUCCAGGAGAAUGAAGUUGUAAAAGAGGGUCUAAUCUGUUUAUAUCAUGUUAUUUCGCAAAAUGCUAGUUUAUUUAUAAAUUUGAUUGUUGAAGAUGAAGCUGUUGAGAUGAUUUUCAGGUCUCUCACAAGUUGUAGAAGUUAUAAUAGUAUUACUGUAGAAAACAGGAAGAAACUACAUGCCCUUGGACGCAUUAUAUCUGUUUCAGCAAAAGUCUCAAGUUAUUCCUGUAGUAGGAUUUUCCAAAGUUUCUUUGUCCGUUUGAUGGACGUCCUUGGACUUUCAUCGGAUGGAAGUUGUUUUCUUUCUGAAGAAUUGAAUUCUGGGGCUCUUUAUCUCUGCAUUGAACUGCUUGCUGCAUGCCAGAAUUUGGUUUUAGACUCUGAAGAACCUGCUCUAGAAUCUUUUUCAGUGGAAGACACUUGGUGCAACUUGCUUCGAAAAUUUUCUGCUCCUCUGACUGAUGCUCUCAGUUCUAUUUUGGUGUCAAGUAUGGAUCAAGGUGUCUGUGAGGAUAUUUAUUCUGGAGUGAAGGGUUUGCAGUAUCUGGCAACAUUUCCAGCAUUCUUUCCAAUAUUGAAACCAGUAUAUGAGAAUAUCUUGGCAAUCUUUAUGUCAAUUAUAACUUCUGGUCGUGAAAGUACAUUGUUAUGGAAGCUGAGUUUGAAGGCAUUAGUGCAAAUUGGUAUCUUUAUUGAGAGAGAUUAUGAUUCUGUGAAGGCAUCGGGCUACAUGAACAUUGUCGUUGAAAAGUUUGUUAAGUUGAUUCACAGUGAUGAUUCUGUUAUGCCUUUUCGACUGAAACUGGAGGCAAUUACUGACAUUGGUGGUACAGGGAAGGAUGUUAUGCUCAGAAUAGCUCAGGGGAUGGAAGAAGCUAUAUCUACGAAUUUCUUUGAGGCCUGUGUCAAAGGAAAUUUGAAGUCAGUUGAGAUUUUAGUACCUCUGCUGGAGUGCUACUCCACUAAGGUGCUUCCUUGGUUCCAUAAAAGUGGGGAUUUUGAGAAAGUUGUGUCAAACUUUGCUAUCAAUAUUUGGAUUCGGAUAGAAAAUAUUAUGACUUCCAACAUUUGCUUUCGAGAAAAAGAGUUGCUUGAUGCAACAAUGAUGGCAAUGAAUCUGGCUGUUGGAAUUUGUUCAGAGGAAACUCAGGCCAUGAUAGUUCAAAAGGCAUAUGAUGUACUUUCCUUAGUGAUUUCUUUUUCACUGAAUGAGUCAUUCCCUCUGUCAGCUCCUGUAAAACAAGAACGGUUACAACCUUCUCAAGAUUUAUAUAGCUUUUCAAGUACAGACGAAUGGCUUAUUUCAUUAUUUGCAUCGGCAAUUAUGGCAGUUCGCCCUCAAACAGAAAUUCCAAAUGUACAAUUGAUAUUGAAGCUGUUCAUGUUUGCUCUUUUGAGAGGACUAGUUCCAGGAGCUCAGGCAUUGGGUUCUAUGAUUAACAAAUUUCCUGUAAAAUUAAACUCAUUGGAAGGCUCGAGUACCUGCACUUUGGAGGAUGCAAUGGAUAUUAUCUUUGAGACAAAUUUAUGGAGUUUGUCUACUAAAGGCCUUUUAAGAAAAUGCAGUACUGUGGAUAGAAACAAGGUGGGCAUUGCUAAUUUAUUUCUUAACACUCAUGAGAAUGUGAAUGUUCAAACCCAAGCUAUUGUUGGACUGGCAUGGAUAGGAAAAGGUUUGCUUAUGCGAGGGCAUGAAAAAGUGAAAGAGAUCACAAUGCUUUUCUUGGGAUGCUUGCUGUCAAGUGGUGAAAUUGGGAUCUUGCCUGUUGAGAAAGAUUCUUUGGGAGAUUGUAAUGGCCAGGAUAUAGAUCCUGUUGUGAUGAAAUCGGCAGCUGAUGCGUUCCAUGUCCUUCUGGGUGAUUCUGAAGUUUGUCUAAAUAAAAGGUGUCAUGCAACCAUACGACCUCUCUAUAAACAACAUUUCUUUUCUAUCAUGACACCCAUUCUGCUCUCUUCAAUAGCCGAAUCUGAUUGUUCAACUUCCAGACAUAUGCUAUAUCGAGCUUUUGCGCAUUUGAUUUCUGGUACUCCAGUUGUUGCUGUUGUAGCUGAAGCGAAGAAGCUUAUUGAUGUCAUAUUGGCAGCCCUAUCCAUGUUGAGUGUGGAUGUUCUGGAUAAAGAUCUGGUCUAUAGCCUCUUACUGACCCUAUCUGCAAUCUUAACAGAUGAAAAUGAACGAGAUGCUGUUUCAGAGAAUGCUCAUAUAAUCAUCGAUCGCCUCAUUGGACUUGCCUCCUACUCCCACAUGAUGCUUGUUCGAGAGACAGCAAUUCAAUGUCUUGUUGCUUUAUCUGGGCUCCCCUAUGUGAGGAUUUAUCCAAGGAGAACACAGGUGUAUCGGUUUGCUUUUCUCAUUUACAACAGGCGGCACUUAUUGGUGUUACGAGCGAUUUUAAAGGCUCUUGAUGAUCCGAAGAGGAUAGUUCGUCAAGAAGCAGUUCGAUGUCGUCAAGCUUGGGCAUCAAUUGCAUUCAGGAAUCUUCAUUUUUGAGAGGCAUGACAAAGAGCUAAAACUUGCUGAGAAUGCUCAUCUUUCCAACACAGUUUUCCUCCAAAAGGUUUCCACGUGAAGCUCAUUCUUUGUAUUUAUUUUCAUUUUAUAAUACCGUUGGAAAUUUCAACAGAAUGGAACUAUCCAUGUGGAUUUGAAGUGAUUACACCUUAUCUUCCUGUUGUGGACAAAGUAUGGUUUCCUGAAUAGAAAAACCUGCUAGCUAACAUGUUUUUCUCCCGAGAAUAUUCAUCUCGACUGUUACAUUUUUCAGUUUCUAUGUUUAUUAAAAUAAGAUCAAGAAUUUUUUUUUC